ACAGUAGUGACAAUAAAGGAGAUGGCUUGACAGACUGUGUAGACCCUGACUGUUGUCAGCAGAGCAAUUGUUACGCAAGUCCUCUCUGCCAGGGUUCGCCUGAUCCCCUUGACCUUAUUCAGCACAGCCAACCGCCUUUCUCUCAGCAUCCUCCAAGACUCUUCUAUGAUCGAAUCAGAUUCCUUAUUGGGAAGGAAAGCACUCAUGUAAUCCCAGGUGAUGUCUCAUUUGAGAGCAGACGGGCGUGUGUCAUUCGAGGCCAGGUGGUAGCAAUAGACGGAACACCUUUGGUUGGAGUGAACGUCAGUUUUCUGCACCACAAUGAGUAUGGAUACACCAUCAGUCGACAAGAUGGAAGUUUUGACCUUGUGGCUGUUGGAGGCAUCUCUGUCACUCUAGUGUUUGACAGAUCACCUUUCAUAUCUGAAAAAAGGACACUUUGGUUGCCUUGGAAUAGAUUUAUCAUCGUAGACAAAGUUGUAAUGCAAAGAACAGAAUCGGACACACCAUCUUGUGACAUCAGUAGUUUUAUCAGUCCAAAUCCAAUUGUACUCCCGUCACCCCUGACAGCAUUUGGAGGGUCCUGUCCCGAAAGAGGAACUGUUAUUCCAGAGCUACAGGUGGUCCAGGAAGAAAUCCCAAUUCCUUCAAGUUUUGUGAAGCUGAGUUAUCUCAGCAGUCGAACACCAGGGUAUAAAACUUUGCUGCGCAUUAUUUUGACACACACAACCAUCCCUUCUGGAAUGACAAAAGUCCAUCUGAUAGUUGCUGUUGAAGGACGUCUGCUUCAGAAAUGGUUUCCUGCUGCGGCCAAUUUGGUCUACACCUUUGCCUGGAAUAAGACAGAUAUAUAUGGACAGAAGGUUUCUGGUCUGGCCGAGGCGAUGGUGUCGGUGGGAUAUGAAUAUGAAACAUGUCCUGAUUUUAUUCUGUGGGAGAAGAGAACAGUAAUCCUUCAAGGCUUUGAAAUGGAUGCUUCAAAUCUGGGAGGCUGGUCUAUAAACAAACACCAUGUAUUAAAUCCACAGAGUGGAAUCGUACACAAAGGAAAUGGUGAAAACAUGUUCAUUUCCCAGCAGCCGCCAGUCAUCUCAACCGUGAUGGGCAACGGACACCAGAGAAGUGUCUCUUGCUCCAACUGCAAUGGUCUUGCGCUCAACAGCAAGCUCUUUGCCCCGGUUGCUCUCGCUUCUGGGCCUGAUGGUAGCGUGUAUAUUGGUGACUUCAAUUUUGUCAGACGGAUCUUUCCCUCUGGAAACUCAAUUGGCAUAUUAGAAUUAAGGAAUAGAGACACAAGACACAGUACAAGCCCUGCACAUAAAUAUUACCUGGCCGUUGAUCCAGUGUCAGAAUCCCUUUACUUGUCAGAUACGAACACCAGAAAAGUCUACAAAGCAAAAUCUCUCAUUGAAACAAAGGAUCUGGCCAAAAAUGCAGAUGUGGUGGCAGGAACAGGUGAUCAAUGCCUCCCAUUUGACCAGAGUCACUGUGGAGAUGGUGGAAAGGCAUCCGAGGCAUCUCUCAACAGUCCAAGAGGUAUCACUGUAGAUAAGCAUGGAUUUAUUUACUUCGUUGACGGUACCAUGAUUCGGAAAAUUGAUGAGAACGGUGUGAUCACAACAAUAAUAGGUUCGAACGGCCUCACAUCAACCCAGCCAUUGAGCUGUGACUCUGGAAUGGACAUCACUCAGGUGCGGUUAGAGUGGCCAACAGACCUCACAGUGAACCCUCUAGACAAUUCACUGUAUGUCCUGGACAAUAACAUUGUCCUGCAGAUCUCUGAGAACAGGCGUGUGCGAAUUAUUGCGGGGCGCCCCAUUCACUGCCAGGUGCCAGGCAUCGACCACUUCAUCGUCAGCAAGGUGGCCAUCCAUUCAACCCUGGAGUCAGCCAGGGCGAUCACUGUAUCUCACAGCGGGAUACUCUACAUUGCAGAGACAGAUGAAAGAAAGAUCAACCGUAUACAACAGGUCACAACCAAUGGUGAGAUCUCUAUAAUCGCUGGAGCCCCGUCAGAUUGUGACUGCAAGAUUGAUCCUAAUUGUGACUGUUUUUCAGGUGAUGGUGGAUAUGCCAAAGAUGCAAAGCUGAAAGCACCUUCUUCUCUAGCAGUCUCUCCUGAUGACACACUGUACGUAGCAGACCUUGGCAAUGUUCGCAUCCGUGCAGUCAGCCGAAACAAGGCUCACCUCAGUGACACGAAUAUGUAUGAGAUUGCAUCGCCAGCGGACCAAGAACUGUAUCAGUUCACCAUCAAUGGCACCCACCUGCACACGCUGAACCUCAUAACGAGGGACUACAUUUACAAUUUCACCUACAGCGGGGAAGGGGAUAUUGGCACCAUCACCAGCAGCAAUGGGAAUUCCGUUCACAUCCGCAGAGACACGAGUGGGCUGCCCCUGUGGGUCGUGGUGCCGGGGGGCCAGGUGUACUGGCUGACAAUAAGCAGCAAUGGGGUUCUGAAAAGAGUUUAUGCCCAAGGUUACAACCUGGCUCUGAUGACAUAUCCUGGAAACACGGGGCUUUUAGCAACCAAAAGCGAUGAAAAUGGAUGGACAACUGUGUAUGAGUAUGAUUCUGAUGGCCACCUAACCAACACGACUUUCCCGACUGGGGAAGUCAGCAGUUUCCACAGCGAUGUUGAAAAACUGACACGAGUGGAACUCGAUACUUCAAACAGAGAGAAUGUGAUCACAGCCACAAACUUCUCAGCUACCUCUACAAUAUAUACUUUAAAACAAGAUAAUACGCAGAAUAUCUACCGGGUCAGCCCAGAUGGGUCUCUGAGAGUCACCUUCGCCAGUGGAAUGGAAAUCACGCUUAACACGGAGCCUCAUAUUCUAGCAGGGGUUGUCAGCCCCACUUUAGGAAAGUGCAAUAUCUCCCUUCCUGGAGAGCAUAACUCAAAUCUCAUUGAAUGGAGGCAAAGGAGGGAGCAGACCAAAGGCAAUAUCUCCACGUUUGAGAGAAGGCUAAGGGCCCACAACAGAAACCUGCUCUCCAUUGAUUUCGAUCACGUAACCAGAACAGGAAAGAUUUAUGAUGAUCAUCGAAAAUUCACACUUCGGAUUAUGUAUGACCAGACAGGACGCCCAAUUUUAUGGUCACCCAUCAGCAAGUACAAUGAGGUCAAUAUCACUUAUUCACAUUCUGGAUUGGUCACCUAUAUCCAAAGAGGAACCUGGACUGAGAAAAUGGAGUAUGAUCCAAGCGGGAACAUAAUUUCCAGAACAUGGGCAGAUGGUAAAAUAUGGAGUUACACAUAUUUAGAAAAGUCCGUGAUGCUCCUGUUGCACAGCCAGCGCCGCUACAUCUUUGAGUACGACCAGUCCGACUACCUGCUCUCGGUCACCAUGCCGAGCAUGGUGCGCCAUGCCUUGCAAACCAUGCUGUCUGUCGGGUACUACCGCAACAUCUACACCCCUCCGGACAGCAAUGCGGCUUUCAUACAGGACAUCACCAGAGAUGGACGGCUUCUGCAAACAUUGUAUCCCGGGACAGGACGCAGAGUCCUUUACAAAUACACCAAACAGUCCCGACUUUCUGAGAUUCUUUAUGAUACUACUCAAGUCACGUUCACCUACGAGGAAUCUUCUGGGGUUAUUAAAACAAUACAUUUAAUGCACGAUGGGUUCAUCUGCACCAUCAGAUACAGGCAAACAGGUCCGCUUAUUGGUCGCCAAAUCUUCAGGUUUAGCGAAGAAGGGCUUGUAAACGCCAGAUUUGACUACAGCUAUAACAAUUUCCGUGUCACGAGCAUGCAGGCCAUGAUAAACGAGACGCCUCUUCCCAUAGAUCUAUACCGUUACGUCGAUGUCUCUGGCAGGACUGAACAAUUUGGGAAAUUCAGUGUAAUUAAUUAUGAUUUAAACCAAGUUAUAACCACCAGUGUGAUGAAACAUACCAAAAUUUUUAGUGCCAAUGGUCAGGUGAUUGAAGUACAAUAUGAAAUUCUCAAGUCUAUCGCUUACUGGAUGACCAUCCAGUAUGAUAAUAUGGGUCGUAUGGUGAUCUGUGAUAUACGCGUAGGUGUAGAUGCCAAUAUAACGAGAUAUUUUUAUGAAUAUGAUGCUGAUGGUCAACUUCAGACUGUGUCUGUGAAUGAUAGAACCCAGUGGCGCUACAGCUAUGAUCUCAAUGGCAACAUCAACUUGCUGAGCCAUGGAAACAGUGCGCGCCUCACUCCUCUGAGAUACGAUCUGAGAGAUCGCAUUACCAGACUUGGAGAAAUUCAAUACAAAAUGGACGAAGAUGGCUUUCUCAGGCAAAGAGGCAAUGAGAUCUUUGAGUACAACUCUAACGGUCUGCUGAACAAAGCGUACAACAAAGUGGCUGGCUGGACUGUGCAAUACUGUUAUGAUGGUCUUGGAAGACGAGUUGCAAGCAAAUCAAGCCUAGGACAACACUUACAGUUCUUCUAUGCUGAUCUCUCCAACCCAAUAAGAGUUACUCACUUGUACAAUCAUACUAGCUCGGAAAUAACAUCCCUAUAUUAUGAUCUUCAAGGUCAUCUCAUUGCAAUGGAAUUAAGCAGUGGAGAAGAAUAUUAUGUUGCCUGUGAUAACACUGGAACACCUCUAGCUGUAUUUAGCAGUCGAGGCCAAGUCAUAAAAGAAAUUUUGUACACCCCAUAUGGAGAGAUCUACCAGGACACUAACCCAGAUUUCCAGGUUAUCAUCGGGUUUCAUGGAGGGCUCUAUGAUUCUCUUACUAAAUUAGUUCAUCUGGGUCAGCGGGACUAUGAUGUCAUUGCUGGUCGGUGGACGACACCAAAUCAUCAUAUAUGGAAGCACCUGAAUGCUGUCCCACAACCAUUUAAUCUCUACUCAUUUGAAAAUAACUACCCAGUUGGCAGGAUCCAAGAUGUUGCUAAGUAUACAACAGACAUUGGAAGCUGGCUAGAACUGUUUGGUUUCCAGCUGCACAACGUACUACCGGGAUUCCCAAAACCAGAGAUAGAAGCUUUGGAGACAACAUACGAACUGCUGCAGCUUCAAACAAAAACUCAAGAGUGGGAUCCUGGAAAGACUAUCCUUGGUAUUCAGUGUGAGCUACAAAAGCAACUCCGAAACUUUAUAUCCUUGGAUCAACUUCCUAUGACACCCAGGUAUAGUGACGGCAAGUGCUAUGAGGGAGUGAAGCAACCGAGAUUUGCAGCUAUUCCUUCAGUAUUCGGAAAAGGCAUCAAAUUCGCUAUAAAGGAUGGUAUAGUGACAGCUGACAUUAUAGGCGUGGCUAACGAGGACAGCCGGCGCAUUGCUGCCAUCCUCAACAACGCUCACUAUCUGGAGAACCUGCAUUUCACCAUAGAGGGCCGAGACACGCAUUACUUCAUCAAGCUGGGGUCUUUGGAAGAAGAUUUGGCCCUCAUCGGCAACACCGGAGGACGACGCAUCUUGGAGAAUGGCGUCAACGUCACAGUGUCGCAGAUGACCUCUGUGAUCAACGGGAGGACUAGACGCUUUGCUGACAUCCAGCUCCAGCACGGCGCGCUCUGCUUUAACGUUCGGUAUGGAACAACGGUGGAAGAAGAAAAGAACCAUGUCUUAGAGAUAGCCAGGCAGAGAGCCGUGGCUCAGGCCUGGACUAAGGAGCAGAGACGGCUGCAGGAAGGGGAAGAAGGUAUUAGGGCAUGGACAGAUGGAGAGAAACAGCAGCUUCUAAGCACUGGGCGGGUACAAGGCUACGAUGGAUAUUUUGUUUUAUCUGUGGAGCAGUAUCUCGAACUUUCUGACAGUGCCAAUAAUAUUCACUUUAUGAGACAGAGUGAAAUAGGCAGAAGGUAACAAAGAAAAUCUCUGCCUUUGCGUCACCAAAGACUGCCUGUUUUUAAACGUAAAAUGGUUUAUUGUAUUGGUUUUUCUAGAUCAGAACUCUGUAUAUAUAAAUAUAGAGGAAAAAACAUAUCCAACUGCCUUUAAAUGUGACAGAAGAUGGUAUUUUAAUAUUGUUUGUUUAACUCUUCGAGAGAUGCCGGUGA